AAUGUAAAGAAUGAAAACACGGAAGUUAGGACGGAUGAUAUAUUGAGCUUGACCAAAACAGUGCUUUUAGCAAAAGUUUUAAACGAUGUCUGCGGCUCUUGUCAGUAACAUUCACUUUGAAAACUGGUCUUCGAAUCAGGUUACAGAUUGGUUAAGAGGACUUGAUGAUGUAAUACAACAGUAUGUUCUACAUUUUACGGAUAAAAAUAUAAAUGGAAAAAAGUUGUUAAUAUUGACUCAUCACGAUUUGGAAAAAAUAGGAGUCCACAAACUAGGUCACCAAGAGUUGAUAUUGGAAGCUAUCGAUCUCCUCCGCUCUUUGCGUUAUGACUAUGAAACAGAAAAUCUCCAAUCCUUGGCUCUGCAGUUGGGUUGUAAAGCAAGAGGUUUAUUUAAUGAAGUUCAGCCCCGGAACUUGGAAAAUGACCCCAAUAUGGCUAACAACUCUCACUCCAAACCUCACCAGCUGUCAGUAGAUAUUCUAUCCUCUGUAGCUGAUCUGAUUAGCAUGCUGAAGUGUGUCAUCCAAUGGCUUGACAGAGCUCCAUUUGAAAGAAUAUAUGAUAUGGUGUUGCUACGUAACACUUUAGUGAAGCUUGGAAUAGACUUGAUAUCAGCCUGCCAGAAAGAUGUGAAUGAUUUGAACCCAGAAGAGAAGAUUUCCACUGCUUGUCACAUGCUUGCAGACUACUGUGAUGGACUGAUAGUUAACAACACAGAGACACUGCUGAUACAGCCAGCCUCGCUAGAGCAAACCACUAUUCGCAAAAAGCAAGGAGAGGAACUGGGUAUGCGGAUACACUCUGCAUACUAUGGUGUUCAUAUCAUUGGUGAAGUCAAAGACAGGUCACCAGCAGAUCUGUGUGGGAAGAUAGAAAAAGGAGAUGAAGUAGUGCAGGUGGACCAGAAAACAGUGGUUGGUUGGCAGCUUCAGAGAUUGGUAGACACCCUGAAGGAAAGGCCAAAAGAGGUACAUCUUCUGUUAAAGAAACGUCCCCAUCAUAUCAGUCCAUAUGGUCAGCUUCCAAACAGACGCCACCAGAACUCUAACCUCCAUCCCCCGCAAGUCAACACCCUGCCUUCCAAGAAACGGCGUUCUCGAGAAGGGGAACAUAACAAGCAAACCAGACCCUCCCUUCAAGAGUUUGUCAGCUCAGUGCCAGCAGAAGAUCUAUAUACACCAAGAGAGGAAAUAGUGGCAGAUGAGAGGGAUGAUGGGAAUGAUACAGACAGUGACGUUUUCAGGAGCGGGUCAGAGUCCCCACAGUACACCCUCCCAAUUAUUACUGACCCUAAACAGCGCCGAGCCACUGUCAGUGGAGGUUCUCCAACCCUCAGCCGCACUCUGUUAGGAAUUGACGACCCAGACACUCCUACGCGACCCAAGUCUUUCACUGUGGCUUCAGCUGAUGUCCCACCAGUAGAUUACAAAGAAAUUCUCGGUGAGGAAAGUAAUCUUACCAAAUUAGGGAAUGGAGGUGGAAAAUCAGGAAACGCUCAGCAAAAGCGACAAGACUACAAGACUCCAAAGAUUGCACCCCAGUCUCUAGAAUUCACUGUCAAGAAACCUGUUCCUAUAGUACAGGAGCCGAAAUCAGAGAUAACAACAUCAAAAUCGGCCAGUGAAGAACAGCAGAAGACAUUUCAGGAUCUAUUAGAUCAAAAGAAAGUUCUAGACUUGCUGGAGGUUCCAUCUAGAUUUCAGAAUCCAAACAGAAGGACAGCAGAAAGCAUGAAUGAGAUAGAGAAGCCAAGUUGUCUGUCAUCCCCAUCAUCAACUGAUACGCUGACUGAUCACUCUGAGAGGAGCGGCACAGAAGAAGAGGUAGUCGACGGAGACCAGGUGAAAAGUUCCAGCAAACGGAAGGAGGGUGCAGAUAUUGAUCAGAAGAACUCGAGCUUUGAUGAAAUAGAUCAUGAAUGCAGACAUGAUGAGGAUGCUACAGAGAAAGCUGCUUCACAAGAUCACCUCACUGAGAUGUCAUCUGGGGUAAGUCUACACUCUGAGGAAACACACUCAGUGUUGCGGGAUAAGGGUGGACCGUGGUCUCCUCCACCAAUAUCUCUGAUGCCUAAAACAGCUCCACAAAAUCUAGAUGCCUCAUAUGUUGAUAGAAGAAAACCUAGUAAAAUUAUGGCACACACCUCUGUUGCUUCCAUCACUAGAGAAAAGAAUGAACCACAGCUGAUGAAAAUUCGAAAAAUUGAUUCCUUCGUAGAAGGAGGGACCCGGGACAAGAAAGUGGCUUUUUGUGGAGAUCUGAAAGAGGAGGAUGCUGUAAGCUAUAAGACGAUCGUGGUGGGCGGGGUCGUCCAAAAGAUCCCUGUAACUGCGGACCAGCCUACUGUUGUCAUGAGACCUAAAAAGAAACCUAAACGCGUUGACCGACGAGUGAGUUGCAAAGAUCUGGGUAGAGGGGACUGCGAAGGGUGGCUUUACAAGAAGAGAGAAAAGGGAGGUUUUAUGUCUGGUCACUGGAUGAAGCGCUGGUGUGUCAUAAAGCAGUACAACAUGUACUUCUACAGAGAUGUUGAGGACCUUAAAGCAGAUGGAGUGCUUCAUUUGCCUGCAUUUCAAGUUUCUCCUGCUCCAGAAGUCAAAACAAGAAAAUUUGCAUUUAAAGUUCACAAUGCUGGGACAUCUUUUGUGUUUGCCUCGGAGCGACAAGAAGAUAUGAAGAAAUGGAUGAAUAAGAUGGGACUAGCUGCUAUUUCCUUCUCACCAACGAGGGUCAUUAAACAAGAUGAAUAUUAUAGUGAAAGUUCUGACGAAGAGACCCAUCCCUCAGCAGCCACCAGUGUAGAAUCACUGGACAAUAUUGGGCACACCUCUGUGAAUAAAGGUGAUUCUCCCGAGAUCUCCAGGAGUGCAGGGGAUUUAACUCAUCUUAUGGAUAACAUUCACAAAGAGCAGCUGACCUUUGAUGGCAAGGAUAAGCGGAAACAGAGAACCAGUGCUAUAUUACCAUCGGGUAGCCCAGUGGACGAUGUGUCUACUGAAAGUUUAGAGAGGAUUAAGCGGAAAUAUUCACUUAUGCGAACAUUAAAGGCAAAAGAAUUAGAACUCCAAGAACUAGAGAAUCUACUGGAAGGUGGAAAUAAGAAAGAACUUUUGAGAAGCUUUAAGGAGAAUUGUGAUGCACCGUGAUUGUGUAGAUUUAUUUUAUAUUUGUUCAUGUUACGUUGUCAUUACUGUUGAAUAAUUGAUGCAUUCACAAUAGUAUGCUUACCUGAUGUAUUUAUAUACAUGCUUCAACAGAAAAAAAAUAAUAGAUGUAAAAUAAGUAAUUAUUAUAGAAAAUGGAAGAAAAGCAAAAAUCCUUCAUGUAAAAUUUCUGUGAAUGAGCUUGGCUAGGUAUUUCAAUAAACAUUUUUACAUUUGGUAUUUAAGGUUAAUCAAAAAAAUUUGUUUUCAUAGUCUCUUUUCAAUGUAUGGAUUAACUGGUUGUGCUGUUGCAAAAUGUUUUGGUAAAACAACAUGAAAUGAUAUGAAUUUAUCACAUUUUGGACCUAUCAAAAUCCAAAUUCCCAGAUUUGGUACGAAGCACUUUUCAUAAAAAAGGAUUCAAGUUUGUUUAAAUUAAGGAUCACACCCCUUCCUAGGGGAGAUAAUUAAGAAAUUGGGUUUUGUAUUUAAAAAGUCAUCUUUUCAUUUACCUUGGAACCGGAAAAGCGAAAAAUCACCAUAUAUAUAUAUAUAUAUAUAUAUAUAUAUAUAUAUAUAUAUGAAACAUAUAUAAUAAAAAUUCAGUUAUGUUCAAACCAUGAACACAACAGAGAUUUGAAGAUCGUAGAUAUAAAGGAAAAUUCUGUGCAAAUCUUUUACUCAAGAACCACAACAUUACAAAAUGUAAAAUGAAAGUGCAAGCAUCUUUUUGUACAAAAUGUACUGGUAGGUUUAAAUUUGUUCAAACUUAAACCCUUCCAAUUAGUGUGAGCUAGGGCUUUUGUACUAGCUGUAAGGGUUUAAAUGUAAGUCAAGUUUGUUCAAAUCUGGGGCCACAAUAAAGGUAAACUCUUUGAAAAUCUUCUAAAAUACAUGUAUGUAUUUCAAAUUGGUGUCAGGAUAGGCAUUGGAAGGGAGAUUGAAAUUUUACAAUAGAAUAUGCAGAAAAUGUACCAACUGUCAGAAUGUGAGCAUCCUGAUUUAGUUAAGAUUAACUUCAAACUAUGUUUCCUGGGGUCCAGGUUGGGACCACAGUAAGGAUUAAAGUAAUAAGUAGGAUAUAGAGGAAUACUCUUAAGGUAACAUCUGGAAAAAAACCCACUAAGGUACAAUCUGUCAAAUCAACAUAAAGCAUUCUUAAUGCAGUCUUUAAUUUUGUUCCAACAAUGGUCCCAGCAUCAGUCAUGGGAAUAGGGGUUAAAAGUUUUACAUAGCAGGCAUUUAGGAAAUGAAGACAUUAAGGUUACAACUAUUCAGUGAAAUGAAAAAAAAAGUUCAAUGCUCAGAUGAGCCAUGUGGCCUAUGGACCUCAUAUAGAUGCAGUGACGGAAGAUGUUAUUUUUGGAACUUAAUGAUAUGCUGUAUUGGAUACAUAAUUAAUUUGUGAUUAUAAUUUUUACAAUAACACUGCAAGAUGGACAUUUUGAUUUAUGUAUCAGGAUACAGGAGAUGAUUUUGUUUUAUUAUAUCUUAUUAAAAGAUAGGAAAAAAACUUGCUAGUUUAGUUAAGAGGACUGUUGUUUUUGGUAUUGUUUUUAAUUGGAUUUGACUGAAAAGAUGAUGGAAUCCUAUAUUUCCAUGAUGAAAUAGCCAGAAAUUAAAUUAAACAUCCUUUUCAGAUAUUUAUACCCCCCCCCCCCCCUUCCCCAUCCCUUGAAAAAGAGGGGGGUAUAUUGUUUUGCACCUGUUGGUCGGUCUGUAGACCAAGUCUUGUCUGCUCAGUAUCUAAAGAACCAUUUGCUUGACAGUUACCGAACUUGGUACAAUGGUUGCUCCUUUUGAUUUUCAGGUCGCAUGGUAAAGGGUCAAACUGGAUGCAUUCAGAUAUUGUCAG